UAUCAAAUUAUAAUCACUUUUUCCUGCACCGCACGUCAUACCAUCUUUCAAUGUCUGUGUGACUUCAUCAGUCAUUCAUUCAGUUUUCAGCCGUCAUCCUUUGCCCGUUAUUGGCUAAUCAUACGUUUUCGCAGUAUGAUACGGAGUACAGCCAACAGAACAUCACGAUAGGCAUCACUUACAAUGUCCUUAAUUCAAAUGAACAGUCAAAAUUUGUGACACUAAUUAAAGUUUAUAAUCAAAAGGUAACUGAAAGAAAAUGUUUCUUUGGGAUUGGGUUACAGGUGUCUUGGGGUAUUUAGGAUUAUGGAAAAAAUCAGGAAAAUUACUUUUCCUCGGGUUAGACAAUGCCGGAAAAACUACUCUGUUGCAUAUGCUAAAAGACGACCGUCUAGCUCAACACACACCUACAUUACAUCCAACGUCUGAAGAAUUAUCAGUCGGCAAUAUUAAAUUUACAACGUUCGACUUGGGCGGCCAUUCUCAAGCUCGAAGAGUGUGGAAAGAUUAUUUCCCGGCUGUAGACGCAAUUGUCUUUUUGGUUGACGCAUGCGAUCGAUCCAGAAUAAUGGAGAGCAAAGUAGAGUUGGACUCGCUUUUGCUCGAUGAAUCUUUGUCAAACUGUCCGGUGCUUGUUCUGGGCAAUAAAAUCGACAGACAAGGAGCGAUUACUGAACCCGAAUUGAGAUCUGUUUUUGCUUUGAACCAAACUACAGGAAAGGGACGAGUGGCUCGAACAGAAUUGCCGGGACGUCCGUUAGAAGUUUUUAUGUGUUCGGUUUUAAAACGCCAAGGUUACGGAGAAGGAUUUAGAUGGUUAGCACAAUAUAUCGAUUAAGUCUCAAUCGACUUUGUUUACAUAUAUUUUUCAACAAAUAUAUUUUUAUUUUAAAUUAA